AUGGAUUUCAUCAAAGAUUGUUGGUGGAAAGAUGAUAUACUUCCAGACCUAGAAGACAUCAAUUGUAAAACCUUGUUAGCUAGUGAAUCUAAGAAUUUCAAAUUCAAAUCUCAAGUUGAUGGGUUAGAGAAGAGAAAAGCCCUUCCUACAGUGCCCAAAGCUCCUCUACAUCUUCGAAAAUGGGAUAAUUCAAAGGAUUUUUUGAAUCCCCAAGAAGAAUCAGUUCCAAAGAUGUUGAAGGUCAUAACACCAGUUUCAAGAGCAGCUAAUGUUCGAUCUGCUCAUCCUUUAAACAUCCAAGAGUCUGUUGAAGUGAGUUUGUCAAAUGAAUCUGAUCNCUGA